AUGGCCUGGCUGGCUACAGGACUGAAGAAAGCGCAUAGAACUGAGUUUUACAGAGAUCUAUCACUUACAGACUACGCAAAGGAAGCAAACCCUGCUAACGACCCCAUGGACAGUAAAAGUAGAGCCGCUACUUGGAAAAAGAACAGGAGACAGCUGGCGUACAGUACAGUAGGAACACCGGAUUACAUAGCACCUGAAGUGUUUCUCCACAAAGGGUACACUGGAAUGUGCGAUUACUGGAGUUUGGGUGUUAUCAUGUACGAGAUGCUCAUCGGUUACCCACCGUUUUGUUCGGAGAAUGCGCAGGACACCUACAGAAAAGUAAUGACCUGGAAAGAGAACCUAAUAUUCCCACCUGAAGUGCCAAUCUCGAACAACGCACGAUCUCUCAUCUCACGGCUGGUAUGUAAUGUCGACGAAAGGCUCGGAAAGAACGGCGUUGAAGAAAUUAAGGAGCAUCAGUUCCUACAUGGUUCAGAUUGGGAGUACAUCCGGGACAGACCUCCUGCCAUUAUCAUCAGAGUCAAAUCUAUCGACGAUACGUCCAACUUUGACGAGUUCCCUGAAAUCGACAUCAAGGCACCACUGACGAGUGAAACUACCAGUAAUUCCAAGGAUUGGGUGUUCAUGAAUUACACGUUCAAACGGUUCGAGGGGUUGACUCAACGAGGUCUGGUAUAA